AUGUCCUUCGUUAACCUUCUCUAUAUUUUCUUUCUUGUGAAUAUCACCUAUGAUUUAUUAGAUGCCGUGUCUGGUAUUCAAAAUCGGAAUGUUAUUGAAUUCGGUACUUUGAUUCUCGACACUAUUGGCAAUCCUCUGGCAUACAAUGGUUACGGAUGCUGGUGUGGCAAAGGUAAACGUGGUAAUUUGGUUGUCGAUGCAACAGAUCGUUGCUGCCAAGUACAUGAUAACUGUUAUGGAAGUGCGGAAGCCGCCGUCGAGAAGUGCAGGCCAUUAUUAAAAGCUUACAAAUAUAAAAAGAUGUCGAAUGGAACUAUUCAAUGCAUCGACCCGGAAGGAACAUGUGCUUAUAGAACUUGCCAAUGCGAUAAUGCCGCUGUCGAAUGUUUCCUUCGUCAACGAAAGGCAAGUUACAAUUCAGAUUUUGACAAUUGGAAAGGCUUAUGCAGUGAAACAUCGAUUAAACUAGAAGAUGAUCCUCAAAGAUGCCCACCUGUUUGGAAUACGACGAUGAAAUACUUGCGUGGUAGCUUAGUGAGUGCUCAUGGAAUAAAAUAUCAAGCUCUCCAAACGAACAAGCCAGGAGAAAGUCCGACGAAGAAACUGCCCAGCUUGAAUUUACCAGGAAAAAAUGAUGUCUGUCUAUUACCUGGUAUUCAACCUGAAGCAGUUCGAACAUGUUCUGAUCUCCUCGAAAAGAAUCACGAAGUUCAUCAUCUGUUUUUCAAUAUUCCAGGCGGUUUUCACAAUCAUACUGCGCAUCAUCUUCUAGCUGCUUUAGGAUUCGGUGCUUCUUCUCAAACGUUGAAACACAUCUUUGAACAACAUACAAAAAUUCAACAGCCUUUAGCUGCACUUGAUCAAAGAGAUAACUUCGAUCCCGAAAAAUGCUUAGGUGACGAUAAGUAUUAUCAUGAUUAUUUGGAAUUCUUUAAAAAUGAAUUAAUCAGUGAAAAGUAUCAAGGAAAGAUGGAAGCUCUAAUCGAAGAUUAUACAUUUAACAAAGGAUAUCUUGGUCUUAUUUUGGCUGGCGCUUAUCAUCCAUUCAUUCAUCUUGGAUAUGCUCUUGAGUUUCAAUCGAAAGGAAUGGCCAUUGAAGGUCUAGCUAUGGCAGCGGUUGAUCGAAUCAAUGUUAAAGAUGUUGUCGAUCGUUUAGAUUCGAAUUUUAGUGGAGAUGGUGAUAAAACAGCUUUGGAAAUUAUUGAACUGAUCAGAAAUGAUCAUCGAUUUGAUGAUAUGAUCGUUUACACCGAUGCUCGACCGAAAACGCCCGUACUUCUACAAAGAGGUGGUGGUCCGUUAAUUGCAGAAUAUGCACGAAUGUGGAAACCAGACUUGAAUGACGCUAGACGAACGAGUAUUCUAGCAAAUGUAGCUGCUAUACGACCAAACAAACCACCUCGUCUGGAUUUUUUUCUCAUGCAUGCAACUACAAGUGGUCUCUUCUUGGAUAUUAUCGUUCAUUCACUUCAAAGCAAACAAAAUCAGUUGAAAUUGAUGAAAGCAAAGUUCGCAACUGACCUUUUAUACUACGUUGCACGUGGCCGACCAAAGCUCAAUGUUGAUUAUUUAUGCAAUGAAUAUCAAGUAUCAAACGAGCAUCUGUAUUCCGAUGCAAUAAAUCCAUGGCUGCCUCUGAUCGAGAAAUGCUUAACACAUCCCGAUGAACAUGUGCUGAAGACAAUCAGAGCACUGAUGUAUGCAGAGAAAUUCGACACUGCACAUGAUACACUGCCUUAUUUGAAAAUUGCACAAAUGGUAAUGGAUGCAUUGUUCCCAGUUGAGAGUGCGGAUUGGGUUCAAGAAGGAAUUGGAUGGGAUGAAUAUUGGUGCACAGUCGAAGAUUUAAUUAGUUCUUCUUGA